GGCUCCCGGCUCCGCUGCGGGCGGGGCCGUGCGCGCUCUGCCCGCCCCGCCGCGCCGCGGAGCCGGAGCCGAUGGCGGCCGCCGAGCCGCCGGGAGCCGCGGAGCUGCCGCGGCUGGCGGAAAAUCUGCUCUGCCGGCUGCAGGAGAAUUUUGAGGCUCUGACGGAGAAGUUGACGCUGAGAAAUAUCCUCUUUGGAACGUGGGGAUCAUCCCGCGGCUGGGGCCCCCUGCGCGCUGGUUACCUGUAUGUGAGCACCUUUAAAGAGUUCCUCAGAAAGAAAACAAUCUCUCACACAGUUCACUCAAAUGGGCGAGCACAUCAGUGACCUUGAGAUGCGUGUUGCUGACCUGAUGACAGAGGCUGGGGUAGAAAGCAGAGAUGAAGAAUUGGGAGUAAAGACACUUACUUAAGUUUUUCUGUGUUUUAUGCAUCUCCACUUAGUUUUGAGUGGUGGGCGAGUGAUGGUGUUUACAUAUUUAGUAUACCUGCAUUUUCUUGGAUUUAAAAGUGUACUUUUAAAAAACAUAUUUAAUAUACCUUGGGAAUUUUUUUUUGCCAAGAGACAAAGAACAUGACCACUUUUACAAAAGAAAAACUGUAUCUUGCUGCCUCUGUUCCAGCUGAGUGCAAUAUACAAGGGGGCAGUGCUAACUUACUCCAAGUGUGUAAACUGAGGCUGUCCAUUCAUACUGAAAUGUGUGUGGUUUGAAGUGUUCCUGCCCACCAUUCCUGCCCCUCAGGUAUGCUAACCUAGCUGAGGAUGCUCACUGGUGUAAAUUUAUGUACCUCUGCUUUUAAACCUGCUACAGCUUCCCAGUGUGGCUUGGAGCGCACCUCUCACACACACUCACCACAAACACAGCAAUAGUCAAUCACUUCAUAUUAUAAAAUCAUACAUUUCAGGAUUGUGUUCUGGAUUUUAUAUCUUUCUCUUGCAAAUGCCAGGCCCCUCCCUGAUGGAUGGCUGACUUUGUGUUGUUAGUAUUUGUAAGGCAGCACUGCUUCCGUGUUCUCUGGAUGCAAGUGAUGUUGUCUUCCUGUUGUUGCACACUUUCCUGAUUCAAACUGAGACACAUCAAUUAUUCUUGUCAUUGGAACUUCUUAUGCAGUGAAAGACAUUCCUGUCUUUCACUGCAUAAGAAUAUUCUGAAGUAAAUAUUCUGAAGUAAUUUAGGUAUCCAUUCUGAUGCCUUUUGCACAAGGUACACAAUAAUUUUCAGAAAUGCAGAAAGACAAUCCACAAAGAUGUAUUUAACUGUCCACAGAUCUUCCUAUCUCCAUGCUGAAUCACAUUCAUGAAUAAAUCACUAACCUACUUAUUCACUGUAUCUUUGCAGCACUGAAAUGAGGAUGUGUUUAAGGAAGAUUAAGGGCAGAACAGCAUAGCACUGACUCCGACAUUUUCCAGUCUAGUGUCACACUGAAAAAAAAAAAUGUUAAGGGAAAACAAAUGUGUUUGUAUCAUGUCAUAACCUUGAAAAAAAUUUUAAACUAUUGCCCCAGGAAAAAAAAUAGAAAGCUGGGUUUGUUCAUCUAAGUGGGGCACUGUGUUUCCUGGAGUUGAAAAAGAACUGUUAGUUUCAGAGAAGGCAAAGCCACUGUUUUGGAUAGAACUGUAUUCUAUAUAGUGAACUUAGCCAAUCACAAAUGUUUUCAAUGAAUGAAAAUGUAUUUAUUUUAGUAUUAAAAUAGUGAGAUUUGUUGCCUUUUUAGCUUAUAUGUUCUUAGAAUAAACCAUUCUGUA